UUUUGUUCAAGAAAGGGGGCGGAAUUGACACCUCAGAGCAAUCGAUCCAUGUUUCAUAGCCAGCAAAGGACUGUUGUAUGUUUGAACAAUUAAAUUUCAAUGGAUGAACAAUUGCAAUUACAAGAAGACUCAAAUGCUCAAGCCAAGGACUUAUGGACGGCUGUAAGCAAUAAUGAUGUCAUCCAAGUGAAAUCCCUGUUGAAACAGGGGGCAGACCCCAACCACCAGUUCUACUGGAGUGAGGAGUGGGCGGAUAAGGGGCCUCCAUUACAUACAGCUUGUUAUAUUGGCUACCUUGAGAUUGUGAAAACACUUGUUACCCAUGGAGCUCAUACUGAUAAAGAUGUGAGGGAUAAUAAGGGACAGUCACCACUGGACAAAGCUCUGGAUAAUCUGUAUAAUAAAGCCUGUAUGGAUGUUGCCCUCUACCUUAUGAGCCGUGGCUGUGCAUGUGAUGAUAAAGACAAAGCCAAUUUACUGUGUGCAGCAUGUCAGUGGAGCAAACUGGAUGUGGUGAAGGAACUAGUUGAGCAGCACAAUGUUGACCCCAAGAAUGCGAGGGGUAAGUACAACCAAACACCACUGCACAAUGCUUGUGAGGGAGGAAGUCUACAAGUUAUGGAUUUAUUAAAGAAAGUAUGCAAGGUGGAUAAUUAUGACGUGGUUAACCAAGCACCAUUCAUGAACAAUCCUAAUGAAGGAGAAAGCCUACUAGUUGUGAAGUACUUAGUGGAGAAAUGCAAAUGUGAUGUUGAUGUGACUGAUGAUGAUGACAAGACUCCUCUUGACAGGGCAUUACAGUGGAAGUACACUAACGUUAUUGGCUAUCUCCAGUCUUUCCCUAAAAUCUCCACUCCUGAACCAGCAACACUAUAUUCAAAAAAGAAGACAACUAGGAAAAGAGAGCUCGUCCACACCAAGGCUCCUGUCCACACUCAAAUCUUGCGCAGCCUGGACAAAAUAUGAGCAGCCAGCCCCUCCCUCCAAGCGACCGGUACAGAGCCACUCCCCCUCUCUAUUCAAUUAGUCAGCCCCUCCCUCCUACUGUGCAGCAACCAGCCAGAAGAAACAAUACAGCUAGCUCUAGACAGGCUGACCAGCUCUCUUCAGCUAUACCAGGCUAGUAGGCAAGCAAAGGCCUAGUGCAGUGCGUGCAGUCAGUCAGUACUAUAGUGCUAGUGAACACUGAAAAAGCUCAGCCUGAGCCCAAGCCCUCUACCAUGCAGAGUGUCUCUAAAGCAGCUCUUCACACAGCAGAAUUUUUAAUGAACUAGUCCACAGACUAUAUACACCCUCUGUCUCUAUGUUUUCAUUUAUGACAUUUUAUUUCUCAUGCAAGACAUUGCAUUCAUCUUCAUUCAUCGAAAACACCAUUAUAUUUUUUGCAUGAUUAUGCUUGAGGUGCCAAUUAAAUGAGCAAUAUUUUCCCUUGUAGC